UUACCAUUCGCACUUCACAGAGAGAACGUCGGUUCGAAUCUCGGUGAAACACCAAAAUUAGCAAAACGAGUGUAUUUCUGCCAUGAAAAAGCUCCUCAUAAAAAAAUAUCUGCGGUUCGGAGUCGGCUUAAAACUGUAGGUCCCUCCAUUUGUGGAACAACAUCAAGGCGCACACCACAAAUAGGAGGAGGAGCUCGGCCAAACACCCAAAAAGGGUGUACGCGCCAAUUAUAUAUAUAGGUAUAUAUGCAAAGUCUAAAUGCUUUGUGGACAAACCAGCUUCUAUUGAGGCAUUGGAAGCCAACAUUACUAAAGUCAUUCACGAAAUACCGAGUUGAAUUCCUUUAAAUACUACUAGGACCUAUAUUAAAUGGAAGCCUUUAUUUAGGCAAAGAAAAUAAAUACAGGACUAUAUUUAUGUAGUCCAACGUAAUUAUUUUGAGUAUUUAUUUAUUCCAGUUUAUUAAAUAGUUACAUUUAUCAUAUAACAGUAGGGGAGGUCGGGGUAUUCUUGGACACGGGGAAUUGUUGGACAGCUCGGUAUCUUUCCUCCCCGUAACGCUAGAGGUAUCAACCAAUAGCCAUGCACUUAUAUCGUAAUCAGCUCACUUUUUAUUAGGCAGUCGACCUGUUUAGACACGCAGAUUCAGCGCUGUCAAAGAGUAAAAAAAUUCGACACUGUGAAAUUUUUUUUUGCACUAAGUACUAUAUUUAUUUUGACUGCUGUUUUCAACGUAUUAAUUCAGGUAAGUAUAUUUAUAAUAUUCGUGAAACCUUAAAUCACUGAUGCAUAAAGGAACUAUGCAUGAAGUUUUCAUUGUGUUUUUUGUACUAUGACAUUUUGUAAAAGUAAGCAUUCGGGGAAUUAUUGGACACUUUUCUCGGGGUUAUUAUUGGACACUUAGUUCUUGAUGUUUUACAAUAUAAAUUCGUGUGAUUGACAUGUAUAAGUGUUUUUUCAUACAUAAUUUUAUCAGGGCUUUUGUUUUUUGUCAAUUUCUAUUAUUAUUUUAGACUUAUAAAGUUUUCUGUGACAGAAUGCCGCGUUAUUAUGCCAAGAAAGAAAAGACGAUUGAUUUCGACAAUAUUUUGGAGGCGAUUAAGCUGGUGAAAUUGCACAAGAACUCCAUUCGACAAGCUGCAAAGGCGGAAAACAUUCCAAAAAGCACUUUGGCUUGGCACAUUUCGAAUUUUGACAAGGCAAAUAUUGACGUUGCUGCUGAUAAUGUUGAUGUGAUGAAGAAUUUGCUGAAAGAACAUUCGACGACCGGCAAAACAAUUUUCAAUGCAGAGCAAGAGAGUGUGCUGAUGAAAUACCUUCUUGACGCCAGCAACAUCAACUAUGGAUUGAGUUUGAAGGAACUGCGAAAACUUGCAUAUGAAUAUGCUAAUAAGAUCGGCAUUUCGUAUCCGAACUCAUGGAAUGCCAACAAAGAGGCAAGUACGGAUUAGCAAUUGGCCUUCAUGAAACGUCACCGGAAUUUGUCAUUACGAACAGCGGAACAAGUGAGUCAGAAUCGUGCAAAGUCUUUCAACAAAGAGAAUGUCGAUGCCUUCUUCAACAAUCUGUCGUCUGUGCUCAGUGCCACCCAGUUCGAAUCGCAUCGAAUUUGGAACAUGGACGAAUGUCCAUGCCCGACUGUGCCAACGAAAGUAGUCAAAACAAUUGCACCGAAAGGAAAAAAGCGUGUAGGAACAUCAACAUCUGCCGAGAGAGGCACAAAUGUGACUCUAGCAUUGUCCGUUAGCGCGACGGGGCAAUCAAUUCCGCCGUUUUAUCUCUUCCCACGGAACAACAUGAAAGAGGUGUACAUGACGCAUGCAACACUUGGCGCAGUUGGUUUCGCAAAUGGUUCUGGGUGGAUGACAUCAGAAGACUUCAUCCGAUAUAUGCAACAUUUCAUCAAACACACGGGCGCGAAUGCGGAUUCACCAACUCUUCUGCUUCUCGACAAUCACACGUCACAUUUGUCGAUUGAGACCAUUGAAUUGGCAUUGAGGCACGGCAUUACCAUGAUCUCAUUCCCACCGCAUUGCACGCAUCGUAUGCAGCCGCUCGAUGUUUCGGUAUUUGGCCCUUUCAAGAACAUGUUCACCAUAAAACAUGAUGCUUGGAAGAAGUCCAACGUAGGCGUGAUUUUUGAUUUACAUCAUGUACCACUCAUCGUCGACCAAUCAUUAGACGUUGCCUUGACGCCAAAAAACAUUAAGGCGGGAUUUCGAGCGACAGGAAUUUUUCCAUUCAAUCCGCAAGCCUUCACGGAAAUCGACUUUGUUGCUUCGAAGUUGAGUGGCGAAAAUGCGUGCGACGAUGAUGAAGAAGAUGUCGAUAAUCAGCGUCGAAUCAUUAUGUCUGGGGAUUCAAUAUCAACCGCAGCUCAUGAAGAAAUCACGACAUCCGAACCAUCGACAAGCACUGCGGUUUCGGUCAAAGACCUCCGCCUUGCAUUGACAUCGGUAGGUCCGCUGAAACUUGGCACGCCAGUUAAGAAGUCAAACCGUGGUCGCAAGUCAAUGAAAUCGGCCGUAUUGACACCGCCAGAAUGUGUAACCGAAAUACGUGAAAAGGCUAAGAAGAAACAGGAGAGAUUAUCGGAGAAAGGCGACACACCAGCAGCAAAGAAACGAAAAAACACACCAGCAACAAAGAAACUAAAAGGCCGUGGAAAACCAAAGACUCCUCUGAAGAAAAUACCGUCUUCUACUGAAACCGACGAUGAGGAAGACAUUGAUUUCUGCAUAAUUUGCAUGGAAAAUAUGCCCAAGAAGGAGAACCGCCGAAACACGGCCCAUUGCAUCGCCUGUGAUCGAUGUGUUCACUUGAGUUGCGCCGGAGAGAACCCCAAUGCAUUUACGUGUGUUCAAUGCGGUCCACAAUAAUAUUUCUUGUCAAAUUUCAAUUUAUUUUGUAAAUUAAGUCUUAUUUUUUCAUUUUCAUUCUCAAAUAAAAAUUUUCGAACAAUAA